AGCGUAUGGUGAGGAGCAUCCCCUUGUAACAAGGGAUGCUGAUUGUGUAGGAAAUGAUGUUUCUCCACUCACCGACAAUGAGCAGAUGAAUGAUAUGUUGAAAGAUGUGGUGGACAACGUAAACGAAUAUGAUUGCUAAGUUCACCCCGAAUCUGGAGAACCUUGUGGAGGGUGUUGUUGAAAAAUGUUUUAGUAGUUUUGUGUCGAAGAUGACUGGGAUGGGUUUGGGCCGAAAUCUCGAUGAUUUUUGUCAGAAUAUGACUACAGGGAGUACUGGUCCUAGCGAAAACAAAGCGAUUCCAAAAAAUGAAUAUAUUUUUACAAUGGGGAACACAAUGAAUCAUUUCUCGAGGGUGAAAGAACAUAAUGACAAUGAGGACUCCAAACAUUCCAGAGGUACUGGCCAAGAAAUGUCAGCUAAUUCUCACAUGGGGGUGAAGGCAAAGCGUAUUAAGCCGGGUUUGUUCGAGAAGAGGCUACUGGCUUUUGUAAAGGGGUGGAGAGAUUUGAAAAAUGAAAAUGCGCCCGUCACUGAUCGAGUGUGAUGGGAUUGAUGCAACACAACGUGAUUGUUAUCUGUGCUCGCCAAGGGCUAGGGUUGGUGAUCAAUACGUGAGGAUGGCGGCUGUAUUGUACACGAAAAAUUGGUCUACUCGGCAUUCUAUGAAAAGGAUUAUGUUAGAUCCUUCGUAUGCGGUGAAUGUUCUUUGCGUUGGGAGUAGUUAAAUUAAAUGGUGCGGACCUUUCCCUUAUUAGUUUGAUGUUGUUUUCUAGCAUUUUGUGAUGCUUGGGAAAGAUGAGUACAAAGUGCUUGGGAAGAAAUAUUGCAGGAGUGUCCUUAGUCACCCUCUAGAUCAAAUUCACAGUGUACGUGUCCAUCUUUGGUUUUUCUUUUGUUUAAUUUAGGCUUAUUUGUGGGACUGAAUUUGGGGGAACUAAUGCAUAAAAAAAAGCUAAAUUAUUUAUUGUUGAUUCAGGUAUUUGUCCCUGUUUUGGUUCCACAAAAGAAUGCUGAGCAUUGGUUUUGUCUUGCUUUGGAAUUAAAAUCCCAAAGGAUUUGGAUGAUUGACUCUAUGUAUGACAAUCCGUUCUGUACGCAUGAGGCAAUUGUAGAGAUUUUGGUAAGCGGGAUGGUUGA